GUGAUCUUAUCAGGAAUGAAAAAGUCCCGGGGCAUUACUUAAAGGCCUUCUUCCCGUUAGAACUGAAUGCAUAGAACACGGUCAACUCCCCAUGGCCGCGAAGUUCAAGGUUAUCGUCUGCGGUGGCGGAUUAAGCGGACUAGCUUUCGCUGUAACACUGUCCAAGUAUCCAAAUGUGGACCUCGAACUCUACGAGGCUGCAGGUCACUUCUCCGCGGUGGGAGCUGGCAUCAGCGUAUGGCCGCGGGCUCUAGAAGUCAUGGAAAUGAUGGGUAUGGGACCUGAUCUGCAGAAGGUGGCGUCUGCCCCGUUCACGCAGGACUACGUUACUGCUUGGAGUUUCAGGAAAAGUGACCAGGCCGUAGGAAAGGAGUUUUGCCGUGUCGACUCUAGAGGGCACUGUCAAACGUUUCACCGAGGCGACCUGCAUGACGUUUUUGUGAACCAUCUUUCGCCGCGAUGUGUCAUUCAUUAUUCGAAGCGAUUGCAAUCGUAUUCCGAGCAGCCUGAUGGAUCGGUGAAGAUAUUCUUUGAAGAUGGGACGACUGCUGAGUGCGACGUGCUAAUCGGCGCCGAUGGAAUAAAAUCUCGAGUACGGGCAUCUUUGCUGAGAGAUAAGGCGCGAAAGGCCUCGGCGGACGGGAGACUAAUCAAGGCUGAAGAAAUUCUUUCCGGUAUUCCUCAGAUGUUUACAGGAUCGGUCGCAUAUAGAUCAUUAAUCCCCAUGGGGAGAAUCAAAUCGGAUCCUAUUGCACGCGACUUUCAAGUUCCCUCGCAACCUACACAGUACUGUGGUCAUGGCAUCAACAUCGUUGUAUAUCCGGUGUCGAAUGGUACCCUGUUGAACGUUGCCCUCUUUCGGCAUCAAAAACACCUAAUGGGUACUUCAUACGAUCCACCGUUCCCAGUCCAGGUAGACAAGGCGGAACUAAUGUCGCGCGCCGAGUUUUCAGAGUGGGAACCGGAAAUCCAGGCAUGGCUACGUUGUAUUGACAAGCCAAGCAGAUGGCCUAUGUACUGCACCAGGGUGUUGCCAUCCUAUGCGUCGGAUCGCGUUGCUCUUAUCGGUGACUCAGCACAUGCAAUGCUCCCGCAUCAGGCUUCUGGCGCAGGUCAAGCAAUCGAGGAUGGCUAUUUCCUAGCCACUCUUCUCGGUCACUCGCUCACAACGCGGAAAAGCAUACCCAGAGCAUUGGAAAUAUAUGACUCCGUUCGCCGUCCGUUUGCUAUUGAUGUUUGGAAACGAUCCGCAAGCAACGCUAGAUAUUUCACUAUGACCCAUGAAGAUUUCGAAUGGGACCACGAUGCGCCGGAAGCUGAAGUAUGGGAGAAACUUGCGGGGACGGCGAUAGCUAUUAACAAAGGCUUCGAGUGGGCAUGGACGACAUCAUUCAAAGGGAUGAUGGCAGAGGGUAUACAGAUGCUAGAGGCAGCAUAGAGAUAGAUGUGCAUCUUGCAUUGUGUUCCACUGU